AUGAGAGCCACGAGGCUCUCGUCCAGCGUUCGAACUCGCGAGCAAGAGCGUAAGGAGGCGGAGAGUGAGCAACUUGCCCUGAUACAGAAGAAUGCCGCUCUGGAACGCGAGCUGAGUGGACUGCGCGUUGAGAGAGAUGCGCUCUACAGACAGAGUGCGCACCUAGCGGCGCAGCGUGCUGAAGACGAACAACAGACCAACGACAUGCGCGAAGCACACGACGAAUUGCUGCGCGCUCUGGCACAGCAGCAAAAGCAGACCGAAUUGCUUCAAGCUGCUGUCAGCUGUGCAGGUCGGGAUCGAGCUGAGGCCAGGAAGGCACUGGAUAAGGCUCAAAUGCACUGCCGUAGGCUGGAAGAAGAGCUAUCAGCGGCGCACGCGCAGGUGCUGCAUCUUCAAAAUGAGCGUGACACACUGCAGGCCGCACUGGACGCCACAGUCACGGGUGCUGCAAGUUACGAGGCACGGCAACUACAAGCGCAGGACGAAGUGAUCGCCAGUCUUCGUGCCGAUCUCGUGCAGAUGGAGUUCGAGCUCAAGACGCUUUCAGUCGACAAGACAACGCUGGAGGAGCAGGUCGAGAAGUUCGAGCUGCGACUGGCCACGUCCGAGCGCAGUGCCGACUACGACGUCGUGCCGCUUGGCAAUAACAGCACCAGCGACACGAUGGCCAAGCGAAAGGGACAGAAGAAGCGCACGACGAUCCGUCCUGUCCGGUCGACGAGGGAGGAAACCAGUCGACGCGGGUCCGAUCUCUUCAACAACUUGAUGGAGCUGCCGAAUGCCGUGAGUGAGCCGCCCGAGUGCGCGAACGCGACGAUCUGGCUGUCCCCAGCAACGUCCUACUUCUCUUCAGCGUCCAACGUCUCCCAGAACGACCAAGACCACGCACAAGGUCGCAGCUUCCGUGACCGAAUCGCACCGCCCGGCUUGGCAUCAUUUGUGGCCAAGACGGUGCAAUCAGCCAGGAAGCACCUCGCCUCACCCUUGCACAAUACCUUCGGAAGCCCGCAGCACUGA